AUGCCGUGACAUUCGAUUUMAUUUUUUCAUCAAUUAUUUUACAUUUUAAUCAUUGUACAUCGCGCGCUAAGUUGUGCAUUUUAACUUUGUUUAUAUUGUGGWAAUGUUUGAAGUGGAACUGAUAUCAGCAGAUCACAAAGAUGUCAUCCACGAUGUCGCAUUUGAUUAUUACGGUCGACGAAUGGCAACUUGCUCUAGUGACCAAACCGUAAAGGUUUGGGAUGAAGACGAAAAAGGCAAUUGGAUUGAAUCCAGUAAUUGGAAAGCACAUUCCGGUUCUAUCUGGCGAAUCUCCUGGGCUCAUCCAGAAUUUGGGCAAGUUCUAGUUACAUGCUCAUUUGAUCGAACGGCGUCUGUGUGGGAAGAAAUAGUUGGAGAAAAAGUUGCGUCUUUAUCGACUCCUUCACGUCGUUGGGUACGUCGAAUGACACUGGAUGAUUCACGUACAAGCGUUUCUGAUGUUAAAUUUGCUCCUAAAUACUUGGGACUAAUGUUGGCCACAACAUCGGCUGAUGGUAUAAUUAGGAUUUAUGAAGCACCAGACAUAAUGAACCUCACCCAGUGGCCUGUUUUGCAUGAAAUUGCUAAUAAAUUACCRUUGAGUUGCAUAUCAUGGAAUACUUCAACAUACAUGUUAUCUUCACAACUUUUAGCGGCGGGAAGUGACGAGACAGCUACACAUACCGGAAAAGUUUUUAUUUUUGCAUAUAGUGAAACUCGCAAAUGGGUUAAAAUUGAUGCCAUUAAUGAAAUUACACAACCAGUUACUGAUUUAGCCUUUGCACCUAAUCCUGGUAGGACAUUUCAUAUGCUAGCGGUAGCAAGUAAAGACUUAUAUAUUGUCAAUAUCCGRGGAGUGACAGAUGCAUCCGCAAACACCAAACUUGAUAUACAAGCAACCAAAUUUAGUGAUCAUAACUGUCCUGUUUGGAGAGUUUGUUGGAAUAUGUUAGCUACAAUGUUAAUUUCAACUGGUGAUGAUGGAUGUGUGCGAAUUUGGAGAAAAAACUAUACCAAGGAUUGGAAAUGUGCCGCCGUAAUAAAAGCGGAAGGAAGCUAUCCGUCCUACGAACCAAGCUUAAAUUCCCCGGUAAUGACUGUAUCUGCUACUGCAACUGCCAAAUACUAUAAAAAAGGUUCAAUAAGUAAUCCAAAUCAAGUGCCAUGGCAUUAGUUUGAAUGAAUUUUAGAUUUGCUUAAUGUUGAUCUAGAAAGUACGUCUAAGAAAUUAUUUAAACUUAAGAUAUUGAUUUGUUAACUGAAAUAAAGAGAGAUUGUUUUAUAUCUAA